ACUUAUUCACGAUCAUUCAGUCUGUUAAAAGUUUUUGUCCUGAUAAUUACGUUCUUUAAGUUUCUAACUCGUGGGAUCAUUUUCGUUAAUAUCUUCUUUUUUUUUUCGUUAAUAUAUUUAUUUAUUUAUUUUCUUUUGGGUGUAAAGAAAAGAAAAAAGAAAAAAUCAAUCAGAUGACGCCUCUGGCCUGGUGGGUGUUGCUGGCGAUGCUCUUCGGCCACGCCAGGAUCGUCCCGGCAAGGACUUAUAUUUUCAAUAACGCAUGCGUAGUUUUAUGCCGCGCGGAGAACCUCUCGGUGAACGAGGACGAGGUCCACGUUACUUCUCAGUUAGUCGAGGAAGGCCGUCGUGGCCGUGAAGUGGACGACCUCUUAAACAGGCUUUGUCUUGCAUCAGUUGAGAGGAGACAUUAUUGUCGUAAUCUUUUUCAAUAUCUUCGAGAUCGAGAACGAUGCGAUUGCCGAAAGAUUUAUCCUUCUUUGUCGUUGAACAAUCGAAAGGAAGAGAAUAUAGAUCGGUUACGAAUUUCAACCAAACUUUACGACAAAUUUCAACAAUCACAACAACAACAAAAACAACGACAACAAAUACAAAAACAAGAAGGACAAAGACAAGAAGUACAGCGACUGAUGAUGACGAAGAUGAGGAUGAUGAUAAACGGAAGAGAUAUAAUCAAGGACGAAAAUUUCGUUCCCCGUAUCAUGGACGUUAAUAAUAAUCAACAAGCAAGCAGUGCACCUAAUCCUUCAACAUCAGACGAGAUCGACUGGGAUAUGUGGUGCAUGGCUCAGUGCAACAUCGGCCAUGGAGGAAGUGCCUGCAAUUGUGACAUCAUUCCUUGAAAUUGUUGUUUUCUUUUUACUUUUUUUUUCUUCCUCCUCUUUUCCCUGUCCUUUGUUUCCUUUUUUCCUUCUUUCCCUUUCGUAGAAGAAGCAACGCUGACGACGACGAUGACGAUGUAUACUUCUUUGUUUUUUUGUUUUUUUGUUUUUUUUUUUUUUUUUCUAUUAUUUUCGAUAAAUGACAGCUAAAGAACACGGCAAGUUUCUAUUUUGCCUAAUCGAGAGCCAGACGAAUUUACAUAUCUCCUAGAUAAUAUAUAUAGGCGUGUCUAGGUCAGUCAUGUUCGAUCAUACGUGACCCCAUUAGAAUAUUAAUUGAGAACAUUGUUCCUCUAUAUAUAUUCAUAU